GUUGUAUGGCUACAGUGGAUGCCUGGUGAUUUACCACAACAGCAGAUUCUCAUGAGUGUGUGUUUCACUUGAGAUCAGAUCAACACACACAGAGAUACAUACAUGUACAGUAUGCACAGUUUAUCAGACACCUUAUAGGAUAAGCAAAACACCUCAAGUGCACUGAGUUCUGUGUCUGGUUUGAUGACAAAAGGAGAAGAUAACCAAACGGGCUACUGGGAGGAAUUUCAGGCACACAGCAGUUUUUUUGGUGGCUUGUCUCUUGCCAUGUCAUAGCGGUUUCAGAUCAGAGGUCUCUGUUGAAAGAGAAGCUGUCAUUAUUUUAUGAUGGCUUUUUCUUAGACCAAGAGGCUAAGAUGAAGGCCAAGGCUUUGUCAGUGAGAGAGUGUACCUGGAUGUCAGAGGAGUGCCACCUAGUGGAUGAGCUGCAUGGAGACUCCAAGAGGGACGGCCUGUGUUUACCAAACAUCUUCAGGUCCAAAAAAGUGAAGCCGCUCACUACGAUUCAGACUGGACCCACUUACCAGGUCUACUAUACAGCCAGGGAGCUUCUGCUGGAGGUGCUGGACAGAGGGGCCGUCCGGGAGCUGAUCAGGAGAGCUGCCAGUGUGAAGGCAGGAGCUAACCGUCCGUCAUACAGCCAGAGCAGAGAGCAGAGUGCAGAUCUCUCUGAAGGGGAGUAUGCUGAGGCGUUAACAUGGUUCUCUAUCGUCCUACAGAGCGGUCUGUCUGUAGGAGAGAACUGCAGCUUUGGCUCUGAGCUGACCCUAAAACUGGAUGGAUGGCAGGGUGUUCUGAAGAGAAACAGCUUCCAGACCAACCUCUUGUCUCUGACCAGACUGGAGGAUGGAGACAAGUUGGAAGCCCUCUCUGCUUUCUGUAGCCACGUAACCAGACGCUACCAGGCCUUAUACACACCUGGUCACAACCUGGCUGUGAAGAAAUACCAACUUUCCUACGGGCAGGGUCUGUGCUCUCUCCAUCUUGCCCUCCUCUGUGACAUGAGCUCGGGGUUAAUCUGUAACAUCUAUUUGUACUGUCCAGAGCAACUCCUGAGGCAGAGCGGGAAACCUGUAGUUGAGCAGGUGGUCGGACAACUGCUGAGACCUUUCUGCAGCCAUAGAUACACGGUUCAGCUGGACAGCUCUGCUUGGAUGGAGGGCAGACUCACUGAUAUCUUCUCUGGCUUAGGGGUGGAUCUUCAUUUUGUUCCAACUGUUAAAAGGCCAGUCUUGGACCCAACAUCACCUCCAUCUCCACCAGUCAUGCCGCAUCAGCUCCAACGAACAUCUGAGGACUCACUGUGUCAACUUGCAGCCCAUCUGCAGGGCUGGACCGGACCUGCUCUGUUUCCUCUGUCAGACCUGAAAGGAUCAGUGGCAGAUGUGUUUCUCCCAGGCCUCUGGGCGACGCUACACAUCAUCUGCAUCAACACAUUUAUGCUCCAUACUCUGCAGAGCCAGGGCUCAGGCAGGCAGGUCCACCUGACAGAGUUCACCAGGACUCUGGCCUCUAAGCUGGCCGUGGACAGCAGCAUCACAGUGCCUGUUCUGCAACAGCUAAACAGCAGUUCAUACCAAGAGAAGAGUUUAACAAAUCUUUCCAAGCAAAGGACAAAUACUAUGAACUGUGGUCAGAUGAUGGAAAAUGAGAAACGAGGUCGGAGUUCUGCAGUGAGGCUGCAGAGGUGGAACAGACCAGGAGUGCGCGGUUUGGACAACUCCGGCAACUCCUGCUACUUAAACGCUGUGUUACAGUGUCUGUGUUCCACUGUGCCCCUCGUGGAGCACCUCCUUAAUCACGACACUCGCAAAGAGCUGGCAAGGUCUAAGUGCCGGGUGGCUGAGGUGUUUGUGCGCCUGCUGGAGGAGAUGUGGCUGGGAAGGAGCUCCAGCUGUGCACCUGUGGAGGCAAGGUCUGUGCUGUGCUCCAUCCUCCCCCAGUUCAACAACUACUCCCAGCAAGACGCCCAGGAACUGCUGCUCUUUCUCCUCAACGCACUCCACGACGACCUCAAAAAGGUUGCUAAGCGCCAGAUGCGUUCCUCAAUGCAACAACAGAGACAAGACCAGAAUAGAAACUGUGCCACUGCAGCGGGGGAGUCCACCAUUGUCUCACAUGUGUUUGAGGGCCAGCUGAGCUACAUGACCCUCUGCAUGCACUGCGAUCACCAGGCACACAGCACACAGACCUUCACUGUACUGUCACUACCAAUUCCAACAGACAUCAUUAAGUGCUCCAUUCAGGAUUGCCUGUCACUGUUCUUCAAGCAGACUACCCUGUCCGGAGGAGAGCAGAUGCUGUGUUCAGUGUGUGGGCUGAGGAGAGAAACAGCAGUCCUCACUUGUAUGGACAAACCUCCCGAGAUCCUCAUGUUGCACCUCAAACGGUUUGGUUGUAAGGGGAAGAAUCAGGUGAAACUGAGGACUAAUGUUGUGUUCUCCAUGAAGCUCGAUCUCACCACGUUUCUAUCCAGCUCGGUACCUCACACCUCAUAUUCUUCAUACCACCUAUAUGCUGUUGUGAACCAUACAGGUCAUCUGAACAUGGGUCACUACACAGCUCUGUGUCAGAACGCCCUCACCCAGGCAUGGCACUGUUUUGACGACUCAGCGGUCAGAGAGGUACAAGACAGCCUUGUGCAAUCUCCAAAUGCCUACAUGCUGCUCUACAGUCGCAAACCCUUUCAAAAGCCAAACAUCAAUGGACUCUGAGCUCUUCCGACCAGCAGACCAAAUCCAUGAGGUCCAUGGUGACAGUCGGACUCACGAUGGUACUCUUUUUAAAGUGUAAUUUGAAUCUGAUCCUCAUCAGUGAACUUUUAUCAGUCAGACAACAUCGCUGAUGAUUGUUUUUCUGCUGGCUUCUCCAUACCUGUACUCCAAAUAAACUUACAAGAUCCA